AUGCCGUCAGUUUUGGAACUUCAAGACACUAUGUCCUACUAUGACGUGGAGGGAUAUCGAGUACAGUUGAUUGCGACUGUGUUUCGAAACCUCGUCGUCAAUUCAUCUAUUAACUCUGCCAUCUUGGGGCAGGACCCCGAUGUCCUUCGCUUCGUUUGUCUUUGCAUUUACUCCAGACACAACUCCUUGCAUCAGCUUGGCCUGGAUAUUUUGUCUUUCCUUCAUUUUCCGGUUGUCGGGACUCUUGUUCCUGUUCUCAAGCGCCUCCUUGACGAACUCUUGCAUAGUCCUGAUAGAGUAGAUGUCGCCAGAGGGCUACGGAUACUUCGGCAUUUAUGUGAAUCCCCACUAUCAUCACAGCAGGAUGUUAUUUCAGGUCCAGGGGUGGUUCGUCGUUCCUAUGUCAUCGACGCGUGCUCCCGGAAUUUCUCUUUCCUCCUAACGCUUCCUGCGUCAGUAUACUCCGCCUUAAUGCGCAUAAUAUACCUACGAGAUUUGCAUCUUCUCAUCCUUGCACUAGACGCAGUGUUUGCCCUCUCUAGUCAAGGUCCCCUGUUGUGUAAACUGCUAUUGGGUCAGACCGACGAAACAUUUUUUCUCGAUACCCUAAUCGCGCAUCUCACUUUUGAGCCCCAAUCAUUCGGUUCUGAAAGCCUCAUUCGGAUGCGCGUCAUGCAGGUCCCUGGCAUGUCGCUGCCAUCUACUACUUCCUCCGUCAAAACGACGGCUUCUCGAUCAAAGGAUCAUUUGCCAGAAUUGAGCAAGUCCACUAAGUUCGUGCCUAUGAAUGAUCUCACUUCGGGUCUUCUACUCGCGCCCUUGCCACAGCCUCCUACUGGAUGCUUUGCCGUCCCCGUCUCUAUCGCCAAGUCCGUCCGGCCAAUAGGGAUUACCAACGAACCGGAGGUUCCUGAUGCACCCUCAAAGAAAACAAACGCUGCGCCAAGGGUCAGUCUGCCUCCCACAACACAGUGGACUACCUCCUCCACAGCAGCCGCAAGUGUCACUUCAACUUCACAAGCACCUAUCGUACUAACCUCUCAGGCUUCGUCACUCGUUGCUCCUGUCGUCUGUUACACAUCGGAAUCUACCUCUUCUCUCGUGACAACACAUCAUGCUGUACUUCCAUCCCAGGCCAAGGUUUCUAAACCUACGCCGCCACAGUCACUCGCCGAGCCGCCUGUGGUUGCGGUUAACGGCAAACCUCAACCUGCUUUAAGUAAGUCGUGUGAAACCAAGGGCGCCAAAACGCAAGCCACAUCGGGUCCCAUUUAUGUGGAUGCUCCGAAGGACAGGCGGGAGUUCGCCAUGUUUUGGCUGAACAAGAACUAUCAAGUUCAUCCUCAGUCAAGUUUCCCUCGCGUUCAGAUUUAUGCCGACUAUCAGAAAGCUCACCAACAGAACUUGAUCCCUGGAAGUGCUCUGUCGGCUGGUGAAUUCCAUGUAGUCAUAAAAUCGAUGUUUCCUCUUGUGGACCAAGUGAAAGUUUUAGUCCCCAACGGAAACGUAGAAAUUCACUAUAACAAGUUGAAGCACGUGGACGCCCCAGAACCUCUAGAACAGGCGCUAGCGCAUCCGGUUGCAGCAUCUGUCCUACUCUACCGCUUACUGAUGAGCUUGUACGGCAAAAAGUCCUGCCUUCUUGGCUUAAUUACUCGUCGCAAUCGUGGCGCUGUCGCGCCUGGACGUAAGCCGCUCAAUCAGCUGUUUGGCGAACGUGCUUACACGUGUUUGCGCACGCGAUACCAGUCGCAUUCC